AUGUCCGCCACCGCCGAGAAGAAGGUCUUCGUGCCCGAGUCUGUGCUCAAGAAGCGCAAGACCACCGAGAAGGUCGCCGCUGAGCGUGCCGUCGCUGAGGCUGAGCGCAAGAAGUCUGCCAAGGCUAAGCGCAAGGUCAUCUUCAAGCGUGCGGAGCAGUACGUCAAGGAGUACCGCUCCAAGGAGAAGGAUGAAGUUCGCCUUAAGCGUCAAGCCAAGGCCAACGGAAACUUCUACGUGCCCGCUGACGCUCCCCUCGCCUUCGUCGUCCGUAUCAAGGGUGUGAUGAAGAUCGCCCCCAAGCCCCGCAAGAUCCUCCAGCUUUUGCGUUUGACCAAGAUCAACAGCGGUACCUUCGUCCGUCUCACCAAGGCCACUCUCCAGAUGCUUCAGUGGGUCGGCCCCUACGUCGCCUGGGGUUACCCCAACCUCAAGUCCGUGCGCGAGUUGAUCUACAAGCGCGGUUUCGCCAAGGUCGACAAGCAGCGUCUUCCCAUCACUGACAACUCUGUCAUUGAGAAGCAGCUUGGCGCCAACGGCAUCAUCUGUGUUGAGGACUUGAUCCACGAGAUCUACACAGUCGGCCCCAACUUCAAGCAAGCUAAUGCUUUCCUUUGGCCUUUCAACCUUUCCAACCCGACUGGUGGUUUCAAGGGCAAGAAGGCUACCCACUUCAUCGAGGGUGGUGAGUCUGGCAACCGUGAGGACAAGAUCAACGGUCUCAUCCAGAAGAUGAUCUAA